UGUGUGUGUGUGUGUGUGUGUGUGUGUGUGUGUGUGUGACAUCUCCUGUCUGUUUCAGGUGAGUCGAGCAGAGUUUCUGUUUGAUCAGAUCACAAACUCCACCCCGACACACUCCUCGGGGUUACCUGAGUGGGCGGACACACACACCUCUCAGGUGCAGAGAGACUUGUUUGAAGACCUCUCCUCCAUACCGCAGGUAGGUUCUGAUUACAGGUGUGUUUUUUAAGAUGGUACAGGUCCAGCUCCACCUGUACUACCUGUGUUUCAGGAAGGGCUUGGUUCUGACAGCAGGAGGUCCGCUCCAGAUUCAGGUUACCCGUUAGACCAAACUGAGGGCCUGUUGGCCCAGGAUGGGAGGGAGGAGCCUGAGCUGGAUGCGGAGGAGUCUGGGGGGGAGGGGCCUGACUGCCUGCAGACGGAGUCCUCACUUGAAGGCGCGGGGCUACCUCUAGAUGGGGCGGGACCUGUGAUGGAGGCGGAGCCAGGGUCUCACCUGCCAUCCGAUAUCACCGCUGCCUUUAACACCUUCAAAACUCAGCUGGAUCAACGCUUCACCAGCCGCUGGAGGAGCGUGGAGACGGAGGUUCUCCGGUCCUUCACAAGAUGUCAACAACAGGUCUCCUCCCUGCUGACAGCUGUCCAUCAACACAGAACGUCUUCCAGACUGAGAUGCAGCAGCUGGGAUCCUUCUGUGAGGAACACCUGCACAGGUAGAGAUGGGCUGUAUCGGAGGACAGACGGAGGAAGAGCAUCUGGAUGAGAAAGCCAAGCGAGAAGCGAACAAGAAGAUCGAGAAACAACUGCAGAGAGAGAGACAGGCGUACAAAGCUACACACAGACUGCUGCUGCUGGGUGCAGGGGAGUCCGGGAAGAGCACCAUAGUGAAGCAGAUGAGGAUCCUCCAUGUGAACGGCUUCAACGCUGAGGAGAAGCAGCAGAAGAUCCAGGACAUCAGGAAGAACGUGAAGGACGCCAUGGUGACCAUCGUGUCGGCCAUGUCCACGCUGACUCCGCCCAUCCCUCUGGGUAACCCUGGUAACCAGUUCAGACUCGACUACAUCCGGGGAAUCGCACCGCUGUCCGACUUCGAAUGCACCGAGGAGUUCUUUGAGCACGCUCAGAAGCUGUGGGAGGACGACGGCGUGAAGGCGUGCUUUGAACGCUCCAAUGAGUACCAGCUGAUCGACUGCGCUCAGUACUUCCUGGACAGGCUUGAUCCAGUCCGGAGGACGGACUACACCCCCACUGACCAGGAUCUGCUGCGCUGCAGGGUUCUGACCUCCGGGAUCAUCGAGACCCGCUUCCAGGUGGACAAGGUCAACUUCCACAUGUUUGAUGUUGGUGGACAGCGGGAUGAACGCAGGAAGUGGAUUCAGUGCUUCAACGAUGUGACGGCCAUUAUCUUCGUGGCGGCCAGCAGCAGCUACAACAUGGUGAUCAGAGAGGAUAACUCCACCAAUCGACUGCGGGAAUCUCUGGACCUCUUCAGAUCCAUCUGGACCAACAGGUUUUUAAAGACCAUCUCGGUGAUCUUGUUCCUGAACAAACAGGAUGUGCUUGCUGACAAGAUUCUGGCUGAAUCCAAACUGGAGGAUUACUUCCCUGAGUACACCAACUACCAAGUCCCUGCUGAAUCUGUUCCAGAUGCUGAUGAAGACCCUCAAGUUACCAGAGCCAAGUUCUUCAUCAGAGACGAGUUCCUGAGGAUCAGCACGGCGAGUGGCGAUGGGAAACACUACUGUUAUCCUCACUUCACCUGCGCCAUCGACACAGAGAACAUCAGGCGCGUCUUCAACGACUGUCGGGACAUCAUCCAGCGCAUGCACCUGCGGCAGUACGAGCUGCUCUGAUUGGCUGCUGGGUCACUUGUAGUCAUGUGACCUGAAGAAACUGGAAAUAUUUACACUUUGUACUGAAAUUGCCAACAUGUACCACUGCGUUUAAUAUUCAGAGAUGAUUUAUCAGGAACAAAAGACAGACUUCCGUCUCCUGCCUUAAUUUAGAUUGUUCCAGGGCAUUGUGGGUAGUGUCGUUCUGUCAGUGUUUAGUCUGGUUAUUAUAUGUAGAGACGCAGCACCAGUUUACAUUUAAAUGAUGUUUUAUUCUAAUUGAUAUUGUUUGUUUAUUGUUUGUAUUGUGCCUUUAUACCAAUAGUUGUUGUUGUUAUUAUUGAGCAUCUCUUCCUCCAUUGGCUGCUGUGCUCUGAUGUCACUGGAUGUAGUUGUAUAUUAUGUUAGCUUGAUUGAAAAGAUAAAUGUGUAUAUUUGCAGGUCACCAGUUCUAUUAAAGAAUGAUUAUCUCAAUGGAUCUUUGUCCUUCAAAUGUUCAGAUGGCCAACUGAAACCCAGGAGGUCUAUCAGGGCGGGAUGCCAUUUAUUCAGUAGAUGCAAAAACCAAGAAUAAAUGAACCUUAUUCAGCUUUCCCCAACAA